AUGUCUAGCAAGUCUGUUGCAUCCUUAUAUUUCCCAAACGAACCAAAAGAACCAACCGUGGUUGCUUCUCACGCCAAAAGUGACGCAGAAAAGGCACAAAUCGGUAAAGUAUUCGAUAACCGUGGUAUCUACUUUGUUGCUGAUUAUGAAAAGUCUCAAGGUAACUACAUUGCUGAUGUUGAUGGUAACGUCUACUUGGAUGUCUAUGCCCAAAUUGCUUCUAUCCCAUUAGGUUACAACAACCCAGCAUUGAUUGAAACCGCCAAAUCCGACAAGAUGAUCAGAGCCAUUGUUGACAGACCAGCUACUGGUAACUUUCCAGGUGCUGAUAUCAAUGAAAUCAUUGGUGAAAUCCUUAAGGUUGCUCCAAAGGGCCAAGACAAAGUUUGGUCUGGUUUAUCUGGUGCCGAUGCUAAUGAAUUGGCUUUCAAAGCUGCUUUCUUCUGGUACCAAGCUAAAAAGAGAGGUUACAACACUCAAUUCUCUCAAGAAGAAUUGGAUUCUGUUAUGAAGAAUGAAGCUCCAGGUUCUCCAGAUUUGGCUAUCUUGUCUUUUGAAAGAGGUUUCCACGGUAGAUUAUUUGCUUCUGGUUCUACUACUUGUUCCAAACCAAUCCAUAAAUUAGAUAUGCCAUCUUUCAAGUGGCCAAAGGCUGAAUUCCCAUCUUACAAAUACCCAUUAGAUAAAUAUACCGAAGAAAACAAGAAAGAAGACGAAAGAUGUUUGAAGAUUGUUGAUGAUAUCAUUGCCAACAACAAGAUUCCAGUUGCUGCUGUUUUGAUUGAACCAAUCCAAUCCGAAGGUGGUGACAACCAUGCUUCUGCUGAAUUCUUCCAAGGUUUAAGAGACAUUACUUUGAAACACGGUUCCUUGUUGAUCGUAGACGAAGUUCAAACUGGUGUUGGUGCCACUGGUAUUAUGUGGGCUCAUGAAAGAUUCAACUUGCAACCACCUCCAGAUUUAGUUACAUUCUCCAAGAAAUUCCAAUCUGCUGGUUACUUCUUCCACGAUCCAGAAAUUAUUCCAAACUUUGCUUACAGACAAUUCAACACCUGGUGUGGUGAUCCAGCUAGAAUGAUCUUGGCUGGUGCCAUUGGUCAAGAAGUUGUCAAGCACGACUUGGUUAAAAGAACUGCUGAAGUCGGUGACUACUUGUACUCUAAAUUGGAAAAAUUGGCCGAAAAAUACCCAUCUUACAUUAGAGACUUGAGAGGUAAAAACAGAGGUACCUUCAUUGCUUGGUCUUUGGAAAAUUCCGAAGCUAGAAACAAGUUCUUGAGUGACAUGAAGACUGUCGGUGUCAACAUUGGUGGUUGUGCUGAUGACUCUGUCAGAUUGAGACCAACUUUGAUCUUUGAAGAAAAGCAUGCUGAUAUCUUGGUUGCCGCUAUUGACAAAUUGUUAUCUACUUACUAG